AAACAAUACACUUUGUAUCGUUUAUCGAAAUGUGCAGUACGUGUAUGAGACCUGAUUCAUUUUUAACAAUUAGUAGAUUAGUAUGUAUAGUUUAUUUCAACAUAAAUGUUAACCUGCAAAAGGUGUCUGUAAUAUAGUUACACUCCACGUACAAUUGUUGAAUUCUGACUACUACAAUGGGAAAAUCUCGAAAGUACGCUUUUAAUUCUGAAAAUGAAUACACAGAGUCCAAUAAUAUUAAUGUGCGACUCCUUAAGUUUAUGAAACUAACAACAAACGAAGUUACUGAUAAAAAUAUUCAAAAUGAAACUAAUAAAAAUACUAACAUUUCAUUAUGUACGGAAGAACAAGUUUCCCAAGACGAGAUUAACGAGAACAACGAAUAUUUUAAUAAGAUAACUGCAGAAAAUUCUGUGGCCAUCAGUAGUUCCAGGUCUAACGAAAGCAAAGUGUGCCAUCGCAAGUUGAUAAGACUACGAACAUACGAAAUCAUUGAUAAAAAGAUAGAAGUGAAACCGGAACAAGGACAAUGUGGUAAAGCUGAGAAUAAACAUACAUCUGUGAAUGAUAAAAAUGAUGUUAAAUUGCCGAGUACCGAAGAAAAUGGAUUGAACAUGCACAAUUGUGUCCACGACAGUGUACAAUUACGUCCAAAGAAUAAUAGUUUCAUGGAAAUGAGAAAAUAUGACAAUGAUGACUCAAGAAUUGUCCAUGAAUUAGUUUUAAACAAAUUUGAAAAGAAAAUAAAAGAACAUAGAAGAAGAAGUUACAAGCGGCAAAGCUUUAAAGAACAAAUUCUCGAGUGGCAACUUUAAAUAUUAUUAUAAUUUUAUUAUGAACUUAAUUUAUUAUUUAUAUUUAAAAUAUUGAAUAAGAUAUAUUUUAAACAUUGUGUAUAAAAUUAAAAGACAAAUAAAUACUCGAUUGACAUACGGAUAUUAGAGGUUCUGUAUUAUCUUAUAAGUUAUGACGAUAUUAAUUUAUUUCUUAAAAUAACUAUGUACAUAAAUGU